UAUAGAAUAGAAUUGACAUGCCAUCCAUGCAGUUUAAAAAGGUUCAUAAUGAUUAAGAACCAUUUUUGGUUUCACUUUUUCCCCCAAAGUAAGGAGAGGAAAGGCAACUUGAAAGUCGAGGGAGCGCAUGUAAACGCUGGGAUGAGCGAGCGCCAACUCGGGCUCUGCUAUGCAUCAACAGCUUGGGAGGAAACAUCACGUGGUGACACAUCGCCGAGACUGACGUCACCGUCCCCGUCUCCAAGCAACCUCUCCAUCAGCACUCGCGUCACCGCGCGCCAAGCCGCACGGUUGCCCAGCAACUUCAGCUUUGCGCUCGCGCCCAGCCUUGCGCCCCACUCGAAGCUCUGACGCGGGUGUGACGUUAAUGAGAUGGUAUCAAUUUGUUAUAGGAGCGCGAGAGGAGGAGUUUCCAUAUGAACGCUGCGGCUGUCCGCAUUCCAGAGGAGUGCACAUGCAGAAGGAGCAGUGCAGUGCAGUAGCCGAUUAUGUGACCGGCCAAGUCACCCUGUAAAUAGUUCUUACUGAUACGACUGGCACACAGUACUGUACAUUUCUGUACAUAUUUCGUUAAAAUAAAUAAAAAAUAAAAAGUUCUAUGUUGUAUUAUUAUACUUUUCUCGUAUUUACAGCAAAUACAAUAUCCUUAUGGAAUGACUUGUUUAGCUGCCUAUGACAACGGAUUGAACUGUGAGAGGUGUACCGACAUCCAAUACGAUAGCCAACUACACACAAUUUGAAUCCUAUCCUUUGGAAUACAUUAAUCAGUCGGGCAUCAUGGUGAUCAUAACGGAGAGCAGCCCGGGGGCCCAGCCCAACCAUACUCAUGGAAGGCCUCUACAGGUCGGCUUCUACGAGAUCAUCCGCACGCUGGGGAAAGGAAACUUCGCUGUGGUCAAACUGGCAAGGCACAAAGUCACCAGAACACAGGUGGCCAUAAAGAUAAUUGACAAGACCAGACUAAACCCGUCCAACCUAGAGAAGAUCUACAGAGAGGUCCAGAUCAUGAAGCUGCUUAACCACCCCCAUAUCAUCAAACUCUACCAGGUUAUGGAGACUAAAGAUAUGCUGUAUAUUGUGACAGAAUACGCCAAAAAUGGAGAGAUGUUCGACUACUUGACCUCAAAUGGGCGCAUGAGCGAGGACGAGGCACGGAAGAAGUUCUGGCAAAUCCUGAUGGCGGUGGACUACUGCCACAGACACCACAUCGUUCACCGUGACCUCAAGACUGAGAAUCUGCUGCUGGAUGCCAAUAUGAAUAUCAAACUGGCCGACUUUGGAUUCGGAAACUUCUACAACUCAGGCGAGCCCCUGUCUACGUGGUGUGGCAGCCCUCCCUAUGCAGCACCCGAGGUGUUCGAGGGGAAGGAGUACGAAGGGCCACAGUUGGAUAUCUGGAGUUUGGGUGUGGUUCUGUACGUUCUCGUGUGCGGAUCCCUUCCGUUCGACGGGCCCAGCCUCCCCGCCCUCAGACAGAGAGUCACAGAGGGGCGCUUCAGAAUCCCCUUCUUCAUGUCUCAAGACUGUGAGAACUUGAUCCGUAAGAUGCUGGUGGUGGACCCAGCCAAGAGGAUCAGUGUGGCCCAGAUCAAGCAGCACCGCUGGAUGCUGGCCGACCCCACAGCUCCUAACCAGACCCUCAGCAUGGCACUGCCCCUCACAGACUACAACUCCAACCUGGGGGACUACAGCGAGUCCGUCCUAGGCAUCAUGCAAACCCUGGGCAUCGACCGCCAGAGGACCAUCGAGUCUCUGCUGAGCAGCAGCUACAACCACUUCUCUGCCAUCUACUACCUGCUGUUGGAGAGGGACAGGGAACACCGGGCCCUGCAGCUCAGUCGCCAGUGUGGGCCCCGGACCCAGAAACCCAGGAGCACCUCCGACUCCGGUACCCCAGAGGUCAUCAUGGAGGACAGCUUCAGAACUUCAGCCUACCCCAUUCAGUGCAAGACCACACCUCCCAUGCACUCAGAGAUGGAAUAUGACCAAAGUGCAUUGUUCCAGCGUGUGAUGUUCCCGGUGGAAGCCAGUCUGAACCGACAGCUGUGUAACCGCUCCAUCUCCCCAAACAGCCUGCUGGAGACCAGCAUCAGUGAGGAGGUGCGGCCCCGUGACUUGGAGGAGGAGGAGGUCACACACACCUGCUCACCCCUCAUCCUGCCCACCACCACCUCCCGGCGACACACCCUGGCCGAGGUCUCCCCUCACUUCCACGAGUGCAACCCCCCCUGCAUCGUGGUCAGCCUCUCCGACGGUGCAUCGUCUGACAGCUGUCUGAAGUCCUUGUCCACCCCCAACCCUGCCCUGCGCCCCCCUGUGGGGGGCCUGUCAGCCAUGACAGCCUCUGGGACUGGCCCCAGGGCGCUGGUCCCUGCCGGUACCCACCCGGCCCUCUUCUCUCACCUACUCCCCCAGGCCCAGGCUUCCAGCUUCCAGGAGGGCCGCAGAGCCUCUGACACCUCCCUCACACAAGGUCUGAAAGCCUUCCGCCAACAGCUGAGGAAGAACACGCGCACUAAGGGUCUUCUGGGUCUGAAUAAGAUCAAUGGUCUGGCAAGGCAGGUCUGUCCUCUGACCUCCGACCACAGUAGCCGUGGCAGCCGGGGAUCAAUAGGCCCCACCAUCAAUGAGCACUGCAGCAUGCUGGAGGAAGUUCUGCACCAGCAAAGAAUGCUCCAGAUACAGCACCAGCCCCAGGCUCCUCAGUCAGCAUCUACCCAGAACCCCCUGUUCUUCCUGUCCCAGCAGCAGCCCCCCUCCCCCACCUCUGUCUUUGCCCCCUCUACCCUGUUUGACACACCCACCCCCUCCCUCCUCCAGGAGGAACCUCAACACCUGUCCCUACACCAGAGCCCCCUGGCUCUCCAGCACGCCUUCUGGCAGCAGCCUCUGGAGUCAUCUUCCUCCUCCUAUGGCUCCUCUUCCUCCUGCUCCUCAUCAUCAUCCUCCUACUGCGCCUCCUCUUCCUCCCUCUCCCCCGUGGCCUCCGCUGCUUACCUCCUCGAGGCUCGCCUGCACAUCAGCCAGCAACCCAGCCUCUAUCCCCAGACCAACCUCCACUACCAACCCCAGGCCCAGAACCAGGCCUUCACCCAGGGCCCCUUCCCCCUCAUGGUCAGGCAGGGGAGGUGGAGCCUGGAUUCAGCCUCCGGGAGAGAGUCUGAGAUGCAGGAGCUGAGCCGGGCUGGACAGCUGAGCAGCUGUGUGAUGGUGAAGUAAUGGAGAGAAAGAAAGGAGAAACAGGAAACAACAAAUUCCUACUGGACCAGAGUACUUGUUCAGUAUGGCAACCUGAGGAAAAAUGUAAUGGUGAUGUCAUCACUGAUGGACAGGAAGGGUGAGCACUUUUUGACAGUGGGAACAGAACUUUGAGCUGUGGAGUUACUCACAGAUCAUCAGAUGACGAGAAUAAGAUGAUAGGAUGACAGAACAGAUCGUCCUAAUUGUGAAAAGAGAACAAUUGGGGAGAAAAACAAACUCUAUGAAAAACUCAUUAUAGAGUGGACAGAUAAAAAAAAAACAGAUGCAAGUGACAAAUCUAAACUCUCUUGAACAACAUGCAAACACUCACAUCUAGGUGUGUGUAUCUGUGUGUGAUCACAUAAGCUGACAAUUAAGCAAUAACAAAACUUUGGGGAGAUGGCUCUUAGUUCUUUUCGAACCCCCCCAGAGAAACAAAAAGGUCUGGGACCCCCUCAACGCAACAGGGGACCCCUGUACCUGUCCUUUCUCCCUAAUGGGGACCCCAACUCACCCAUCUCCUUCUCUGGAGGGGUGUGUGAAGGACUAGUCUUGAAAAAACAAUGAGGACUGGUAUCAAUGAACCAGACUAGGUCAUGUAAGACUUAUUUCAACAGUUGUGAGUUUUUUCAGUUUUUUUGUUUGUUUGAAAACAGGAGGAUCCAGUCUUCCUGAUUUUGUCUUUUCCAUUUUUGCUUACUGUAUACAGACCUUUACUACAUUUCAUUGUUUUUUACUUUAUUUUUUUGAUAUUACUUUGUGGCAAUCCUACACGCAUGCAGCAUCAGAACUAUUCUAAUCUUCCAAACAAUCUUUGAACACAAUGUUAUAGUGAUUUCACAAACUGUGAUUUGUUUGUGCAAGAUUCUAGCUGAGCUAAUGCUGCUUUUACCACAGAAGAAGAUAAAAACCUGGUACAUCUUGAUCAGCCGAAACGGAAGAAAAAAUGUACUUGCUGAGUGUCUAAAGCACAAUAGGUACUGCUAUAAGCAAGCAGUGUGUGUGUGUGUGUGUGCCUUAAAAAAAGGUUGAUUUCAAUUGAUAAUUUAUACUUAUGUAUGGUUACUUUCUAAUCAUAUUCCCUCUGUUUUUAUGUCCUUAUGGCGAGGAAUCCUCGAUCAUGCUAUUUUGCUGUUUAAUCAUUACCUUCUCAGGCAACCAAGUCCCAAAAAUGUGGAAACACUGUCUAAACUUAAGACCCUGAAGACCUAUGAGCAUGAUGUCAUUCCCUAUCAGUGACUUUAACCACUUUACUUUUCACUUGAUGUGAAGGCUAUGUGUAGGCUAUAUGCUGUACUGCUUUCACAUAGCCAGAACAAAGACUUUGGGACUAUAGUGCAAUAUUUCACAUUGAAAUGCAGAGGAAAUUAGAAAUAAAGAGCUGACAUAGGAUCGUACAUUACCUGCCUGCUGGUACCUUCAGAGGGCGCUAGCUGAGUAGAUCAGAGACUAGAACGCUUCUGUUUUUGUUGAACAUGAACAUAGAUAUGAAUAGGUGUAAAAGAAAGGACCCAAACCAUUUCAUAGUGCUUUUCCUCUUGACAACACAGUUGCCUCUGCCAUUGUACAAUGGCAGAACUAGAGAUAAGCCAAAGAGAGAGCAGAGUAAGAGAAAGAAGCACUGCUUACUUUCCAGCAACUCAAAAUGCUAGCUAGCUAGUGCUUUCAUGGUGUACUCUGUGUAGCUCAUGCUAUGAGCAAGCUGCUUCUGCCACAAGAUGCUAAUGUGUUGAAGAUUCCCCUAGCAGUUGGGUUCCAGGACCAUGGCUGUAUUUGUAUUUUUCUAAGAAAAGAAGAAAAGAAAAUGGAAAAAAACUUGUAGCACUACAAUAAUUUUUGCUGCAAUGUGAGUUUUCUCAAUGAAUUGGCCGUAGGUGGUAGAGGUCGCUAGCUAGAGGUAAAUACAACGUACUUGGGUGUAUGUGUUAGGCCUAUUUAUUUUUAGAGAAUGUGUUUGAAACACCACCAUUUACUUCAGCUGUUUCCACCAUGAUAGCUGUGCACCUUUGUUAUUUUGGUUAGUUUGACCAUAUCUUUGAAGUGGUCUUCUUUUGAACAACAUGUUGAAGAGGAAAAGUGUUGGAAGCCUGAAGCUUAAAAGUUGUUUGAUAGAUUUCUCUCUGAAAUAAGCAGUGUUAAUAUUUCUUAAUGACAUUAGAUUUUGCUUGAUUACACUCACCAACAGCGCUUGUGCCUUCUUCAGAACAAACCCCCUACGAUCAGAGUAACCCUCUUUCCUCCAAUCAGCACAAAGAGAAAACGGGUGGGCCCAUAAGACCCAGUUUUGCUACUUUGAUUUAACUUGCUGUAUUGAAGAAAAAAAUAAGCAUUUCACUUUACAAUGAAUAUAUCUUCACAAACUUAGUUUGACCAAACUAUUGAAACACUAAGAACCUUUUUGACGCAGAUCUGUAAGAUGUCCUAUUUGGUAAAAUGUUGGAUAUUAAGAAAUAUGCGUUAUGAUUUUCCUGAUUUGCUACUUGACUGUGUGUGUGUGUUUGUAUGAAUGUUAUAUGAAAAUAAAUAUUGUUUCUUUAUGUGGCUAAUUUAUUUGAAUAAAACAUGAAUAAACAUGAA